UGAAAGAUCUGAUGGGGAGCUGGCAGGGGGGACAAAUUUGGUGGGAUAAAUUCUGCUUGUAUCUAUAGUGUGAUCCUCAAGGCUCAAAAUUGUAAUCACAAAGAACAGAGUUGAAACUAUUCCAAGCGAAUAACAAACCACACUCUUGAGAAGCAGCAGCCCAUGUACUGUAUGUACCUCUUCAUGGAGUACCACACUCUGAGCUCUGUACAACCUCUUGUUCUGAGGCAGCAAAACUCAAUAGUCAAUUAUUAUGGAGUAUUAUAUGAACCUGUGGUAUCCUGGACUUUCUCAGUCGGACUCUGACCUCUCGAGACAGAGGGGUGGAGACUGGGCGGAGCUCAAGUCCAGAGGCCACACCCACUGACGAGCUCAGCUGCAGGUCUCGAUGUGGAACACUCUCCAAGCUCUGAGACGGUGAGAGAGGGAGAGGGCAGGGAAAUAAAAGGUUUCGUGCAACUUUAGUGUAUGCCGGCAACUUGGAAGUUGCAAGAACGAUGAAAAACGUUGUGGCGUAUGUUGAUAGUACAGCACCGCGCACACCUGCACAGAACGUUCACUGAACUACACAUUAUUGAACGGAUGAUUGAGGGGCGCACCUCAUCAGAGGACCAGCGGCUGACGGAGAGCGCGGCGCGGUCUCUUCCAGUUUCAUAGCCGACCUGACUUUCCCGCCGUCUCUCUCUCGACACCCCGCCGCAGUGGAGUCGCAGAGCCGGCUCCGACACCGAGCGAAUUCUCCUGCUGCACUUCUCCAUGCCUUGUUGCGUUGCCUAGCAAUAAGACAAAGUGGGCGUGGCUAAUCUGAAAGGUCAAAGUUGGUCAAAGAGACAGACUAGUGGAGGAAUAAUGUUCACUCGCUCGCUCUGCAGUCGAUUAUUGGGAUGUAGGCUGCUAGAGUCCGGACUCUCUUGUCCCACUGGCAGUCGCACCAUCUCCUCUGCGGACUCCCUCCCUUUGGUCUGAGCUCAGUCCUUACCGCUCCGUGAAGAUAGAUCUCACUACAGCCUGGAGUCAUGGCUGGAGACCUCCACACAAUGUCCACUUCUCAUCUCUCCUCUCCAACCACCUCCAACAGUGGAAGGGCGAAGGGCGGAGUGGGGUGUGGCUCCAUCUUCCCCUCCCACUCCUCCACCUCGCUAACGAGGCAGUAGGGGUGGGGUUUACCCUCCACCACUCCUCUAAUGAGGCUCGUAGUCUGGUGCUGUGUGCCUGGCUGGAGGAGGGCUCUUCAAGUAGACUGCCUCACUACGCCUCUCAUCAGGUCGGAGUCUCAGGGGCUGUGUGGAGGGAAGAGACUGGUCAAAUGCUGGUCAUCCAGGACAAGUACAAGUUUGUCAACUGGAAGUUCCCAGGAGGCCUAGCUGAGCCUUCAGAAGACAUCGGUAAACCAUACGUGCAAUCAUUCAGUAGCGUUUAGUUGCAGCACAUAGAUUUUGCAGUUUACGUGAGCCUGUCUUAGACUUGAUAUUGUUACAUGUUGUCUGCUGGGUGUUUGGCUACUGCAGCUGAUGCAGCAGUGAGAGAGGUGAGGGAAGAGACAGGAGUUGAAACAGAGUUCCGAUCAAUACUGGCCUUCAGACAGCAUCAUCACAUGCCACACACAUUCGGCUGCUCGGACCUCUACUUCGUCUGUAGACUCCACCCUCUAACCUUUGACCUCAAACCAUGCGAGAAGGAAGUCGUGAGAUGCGCGUGGAUGAGUGUGCAGGAGUUGGCAGCAUCGGAAGAGAGUACAGUACUGACUCGGCGAAUAGCUCGUCUUCUCCUUGACAACCGACACGAUAAUUUCCAGAGAAUUGACAUCUCCAUGGAAGAAUGGCCCUCGUUGUACAAGGAACACAAUUACAAACUCUUUCUCAGAACGCAACAUUAAUAUCAGUUGGUUUUUAAAAAUUUCUUUGUACAA